UGGGGGGACCGCCUGCUUCCCGCCGCCUGCCCGCCGGCGGCCGCUCCCCCUGCGGCGCGCCUCGCAGCUAGUAGGCCUCUCGGAGCUGCGGGGCGGGAGCCGAUGCCGGGCCGCUCUCCCAGCUGCCGGGCGGGAGCCGAUGCCGGGUCACUCUCGCAGCUGCCGGGCGGGCCUGGCUCUCGCGCCCCGCGGCGUGCCCCCCUCCUGCGGACGGCGGCCAUCGCUUGCUCUCGGAGCUUCCCGGUAGCCUCGCCGCCCGCCAGGCUAACGGGCUCCCCGAGGACCGCCACUAGGCCUGCCACCUCCCCGGCGUUACUUUGCUCGUCUGGUGGGAGUUGGUUUCAUUAGUUGUUCGCCCGCCCGAGGCACCGCUACCACCUGGGCAGUCUCCGUGUAGCUCUGGCUGGCUUUGAACUCACAGGGUACCGAAGAUGGCUUCUAACUCUCCAUCCUCCUGCCUCAGUCUCCCGAGAAAGAUUUCUCCGGGGAAAUCUGUAUCGUUUGCCACUUAAGGUCGUCAGUCGAGCCUGAGGCCCAAAAACAACUUGUGGGGGUCAACCUUUCACCAUGUGUGUUCCAGGAAUUGAACUCUGAUCCUCAGGCUUGGUGGCAAAAUUUUGCUGUGUUGUGUCCACCUUGCAACCUUCCUGCUUCAGCCUGCAAGUAAAAGGAUGCCACGAAGAAAGAAAAAAAUGAAAGAAACCUCUGAAGGCCAGAACGUGGAGAAGGAUCUGGAAAGCAGCAGCUGUGUCAGCAUAAGGAAGAAGCGGAGGCUGGACGACUCCCUCAUAGUGAUAUCUGAUAGUGAUGGAGAGGAAACUAAAGAGGAGAAUGGAUUGCAGAAAACAAAGACAAAACAGUCGAACAGAUCAAAGUGUUUGGCUAAAAGAAAAAUUGCACAGAUGUCAGAAGAAGAACAAUUUGCUCUGGCUCUCAAAAUGAGUGAGCAGGAAGCUAGGGAGGUGAACAACCAGGAGGAGAAAGAAGAGGAACUCUUGAGGAAAGCCAUUGCUGAAAGCCUGAAUAGUUGCUGGUCUUCUGCUGCUUCUGCUACCAGAUCUCGCCCUCUGGCUACUGGACCAUCUUCACAUUCCCAUCAAGAGAACACCAAAGAUUCUGGAACCACUGAAGGCAUAUGGCAGCUGGUACCUCCAUCACUGUGUAAAGGCUCACAUAUCAGUCAGGGAAACGAGACUGAGGAAAGAAAGGAGCCCCGGGACCACAAUGAAAACACUGAAGAGGAGCCAGUCUCUGGCAGCUCAGGAAGCUGGGACCAGUCAAGCCAGCCAGUGUUUGAGAAUGAGAACGUUAAAUGUUUUGACAGAUGUACUGGCCACUUGGCUGAGCACACACAGUGUGAGAAGCCACAGGAAAGUACUGGGAGUGGUUAUGCUUUUUCCAAAGCUGUCCAGGGUAGGGGGGACACGUCUAGGCAAUGCCUUCCUAUCCCAGCAGACACCAAAGGUCUCCAGGAUACUGGGGGCACUGUGCACUACUACUGGGGUAUUCCAUUCUGCCCUGCUGGAGUAGAUCCUAAUCAAUACACCAAUGUCAUUCUCUGCCAGUUGGAGGUUUAUCAGAAGAGCCUGAAAAUGGCUCAGAGACAGCUUGUUAAAAAAAGAGGGUUUGGGGAGCCAGUGUUACCUAGACCUCCUUCUCUGAUCCAGAAUGAAUGUGGCCAAGAAGAUCAGACUAGUGAAAAAAAUGAAGGCAUCUCAGAAGAUAUGGGAGAUGAAGCCAAAGAGGAAAGGCAGGAAUCUAGGGCAUCUGUCUGGCACUCAGAAACCAAGGAUUUUCAAAAAAGUCCAAUUAAAAGCUUGAAACAGAAACUUUUGUUGGAGGAAGAACCAACACCCAUUCAUGGUCAGUCUUCCCAAGGUCUGUUUGUUGAAGAAACGUCUGGAGAAGUUCCAAAGAGUUCUGAAGGAGACGACUCUGUGCCUGCCUCACAGAGCAUUGCAGCUUUGACCAGUAAGAGAAGCUUAGUUCUUAUGCCGGGAAGUUCUGCAGAAGAAAUCACUGUGUGCCCUGAGACACAGUUAAGUUCCCUUGAGCCCCUUGGCCUCCAUAGAGAAGACUCUCCAGAUGGCAGAGAGCUCCCCAUUGAGGUUGCUAAUAGGGGAGAUGGUAAGAAAGAAACUCCUCCUGCAGUGUCAUCUAGUGCCCGGGUACCCUGCCCACUGUGUAACCAAGCCUUUCCUCCCACGAAGAUUGAGCAGCAUGCCAUGUACUGCAAUGGUCUGGUGGAGCAGGAGACAGUGUUGACUCGGAGACAAAGAGAGGCCAAGAAAAAAAGUGACGGUAGGACAGCUGCGCAGCCGGCCCUGGAUACCAACAGGAAGGAGAAGUGUUAUCUGUGUAAGUCCCUGGUUCCUCUUGGGGAGUAUGAGUGCCAUGUGGAGGCCUGUCUCCAGCUUGCCAAGGUUGACAGGGAAGAUGGGACUGAAGGAAUGAGGAGGCCAAGAGUGUGUGCACCUGUGGAGGGGAAACAACAGCAGCGGCUGAGGAAGUCAAAUGAAAAAGGCCAUAGUGAAGGCCGACUCCUCAGUCUCUUGGAGCAGUCUGAGCAUAGGACCACAGGUGUAGAGAAAAAACCCAAGUCUUCAGAAGCAAGAACCUUCAGGAUGCCCUCACCAGAGGUGGAAGAGGGUGGCUGCAGCAGAGAGAUGCAGAGUUCCCUCUCACAGCUCAACUUAAAUGAGUCUCCCAUCAAGUCUUUUGUUCCUGUCUCAGAAGCUACAAAUUGCUUAGUGGACUUUAAAGACCAAUUUGCUUUCCGGUCACGAACCAAAUCAGGCAGAGGAAGGAGGAGAAAAUCUUGAAUUUCUUGAGACUGGAGGUUGACCAGCACUCGUAUGGUUGAAUUGGUCGUGUUCAUUAAUUAGAGUGGUCUCUAGUUUGUUGUCUGGGUCUCUAGUCUGACGUUGUUUUCACUACCAGAACCCAUUCAGCAUCCUCGUUUAUGUUUUAUAAGAUCUAUUCAGACAACUGUGAAUAGUAUUGUUUGAAUUUGCUUAUAGUUAAAAUUUAAAUAUAUUUAUCUUUGUAUGAAAUCUUAUUUUAAUAGA